UCUCCCGUAGCAGAAGGGUGUUGAGGUGGUUGUCGGCGACCAUUCCAGACUUACUGUGAGUCCGCAGAAGCAGACAUAUCCGCCCCCCAUAUCGUUCUACUGCUUGUCUUACUCGCCCAACUCCCCCGCCUAUUCUUAGCACAUAUGCAACGUUAACAAUUACGACUAAGCUGUCCAUCGGCAAGUAAGCUUCUUGCAGAUGUCUCUCAAGCCUUUCCUCCCAUAUCCAUUUCAAUAGUCGGACUUUGGGUUCGAAGGACUUCUCACAGCACGCUUAUGUGGCAAGAAUUCGAUAGGGCAAGCGCCAAGGCAAGCAAAGGCUGUCAGGUCCAAUCACCACAUAUGCUUUGGGAACCAUGACAGACGUCCAACAUCGUAACGAGAGCUUCCUAGAACUUGAGAAAGAAUUGACAUGCGCGAUCUGUACCGAAGUUCUAUUCCAGCCUCUAACUCUUCUCGACUGCUUACACACAUUCUGCGGCGCUUGCCUCAAGGAAUGGUUCGAGUUCCAAGCUAAAGCAGCAUCUACCAGCCGGCGAACCACGCGACCGUUCACGUGCCCGUCAUGUCGUGAAGCCGUGCGCGAGACCAAGGAGGACUGGCGCUUGACUACGCUCCUGGAAGGGUUUCUCAAGGCGAACCCAGAGAAGGCGAAGAGCAGUGCAGAGCAGGAUGAGCUGCGGCGGGCUUACCGGCGAGGCGAGCGUGUGAUUCCGCAGCUUGAUGUAAGGAGCGCGAGCGGUGAAGACGAGGAUGAGCAACUUGUGCAGCAGGUCAGGGAGCUGAGCCUGGCUCAUGUGAAUGCGGAAGGUGUACGACGUCCAGACGCACGGUAUCACAGCCAUGAGCGCGUUGUAAGAGAUCGGGUGAGCGCGCACCCCGCCAGUAACCGCGCGGACGGCUCACAUGUGACGGGCGCGAGGUCGGGGCAACCCACACAGCUGUCGGAACAGGCGCUGCAACAGCACGUUGCGAGCGAGUCACAUAUUGAACACCAGCCGUCACUGCGUAGUCUAUUGAGUGCCUCACCGAUCGCGUCGCAUGACGUUCAGCAAGAAAUCCUGCAGUCCAUCAUCGCAGAAGGGCUUCUGGAGGGCAUGGACGUAGACAACCUAACACCCGAGCAAGAGGAUCAGCUUAGCGAGCGCAUAGCAGAAGCAUAUAGGCGGCGUCAGCGGCGCCGAGAUCGAUCACGCACACGAGAAGUCGUACAUCAGCGCGGCCAGUCACCGCAGCGCAGCCGAGCAAGCACUGAGCACGAGGUUCGGACCGAAGAGACUCAACGCCAUAACGACAGACUGGUCGCGAAUAGCGCAAGAAGCUUCACUGAUCCAGCCGAUCACCGAGAGCAGGUUCACGGGAUGCGCUCCCCCUCCGAUCAUCAUCACGAAGUUAGGAACAACAUCCCUAGCAUUGAUUACCCCGUCCAUUCCCAAGCGCAGGCAGGCAACGCUGAGAAUGAUGCCAUGGAAGCCUCAAUGGAAUCUGCACAGCCUCCCUCUACCGCGCCCAUGCACACCGUUCGACCCGCAACCUCCAUGGCCGCCUUCGCUCCUGAGCCCGUGUCAGCUCCAUCUCUUACACUGGAGGCGCCUUCCAUCGCCUGCAACCGGUGUAGAAAGCCGAACAUUCAGCAUGACCUGCAUUACAACUGUGCCUGGUGUCUCCACGGAUCCUACAAUAUAUGCCUGUCAUGCUACCGUAACGGUCAAGGGUGCGAUCACUGGUACGGCUUUGGAUACGUAGCAUCGGAGCGUUGGCGCCGUCAGGCUCCUCCUGAGGGCUACCCAGCGAAGUACGAGCGGCCUCAUGUUCUAUCACCUCGGCGAUACGUCCAAGCGGAGACGAGUCGAACUCCAAACCUCGAAGAAGGUGCCUUCUGCGAGUCAUGUUUGACGAACGCGAACGGAUGCUAUUGGUACUGCUACUAUUGCCUCGAUGGCGCCUGGGGCUUCUGUGACGCCUGCGUGCACCAAGGAAAACACUGCACGCAUCUGCUUUUGCCCGUCGCACAUCUCACCACGCUACGCCAAACACACCACGAUCCGUCUCAGGCGUUGAUGGUACCAAUGCCGCACUUGAAGCAGGAUAGCUAUCUAUUCCACCCGGAAGCGACGGACUGCGACAUCUGCCGCAGGCAGAUCGCGUCCAAAAGUACCCGCUUCCACUGCUAUCAAUGCAGCAACGGCGACUACGACAUCUGCACGGAUUGCUAUUACGAUCUCGUUGACACGGGCAAGAUCAGCCUAGCGAACGGUCCGAAUGGGUGGAGGCGAUGUCUUCGCGGUCACCGCAUGGCGAUUGUCGGGUACCACGCGGAAAACGCUCAGUCAGGCGGCCAGCAGCGGUUUACGAUACACGGGCCUGUUGGUGGGUGGAGGCACAAGGAUGAUGGAGGGACGAGUGGUGGUACGUUGCGACCGCCUGCUGACGGUACUCUAGGUGCGAGAGGUAUUGCUGCGUGGAGCUACUUCGGCACUGCCGAAGACGAACUGUCAUUCCCCAGGAAUGCUGAGGUGACGGAGAUCGAAGCACUGAAUGAAGAGUGGAGCGUGGGUGUGUAUGCCGGUCAGGUGGGCUUAUUCCCAAGUCGUUAUGUGAUGCGACGAUGAUAUCGCAGCAUACCCGUGCGGAGAUGUGGCGGUUUAUCUGGUGAGAGAGUCCAUUGGUCUGCAGG